AUGGUAAGAAAUGGAUCAAGGCAAUGGGAAUCGUACUUAUCAUCCGCGAACCCUGAAGCUGAGGACUCUCCUAAGCAGUGGUCUCAAAUCAAAGCAGACAUUAAAAACGCAGUUCUUGCAGAUCGUAAGAAAUUAUGGUCUGACUAUAUCAAACCCCUUGUUAAGCAGGGUGAAGUACUUAAAUUAAUUGAGCUUGAAUCAUGUGACCUAACAUGGAGAUCGAUCAUCUAUGAUAUGCCACAGAAAGUCCUCAGCUUCGCGGUUCGAGCCUCAAUCGAUUUCUUGCCUACAAUGAGCAACCUUAAAACUUGGGGUAAACGUACUACUGAUGUCUGUAAACAUUGUGGUAAUAGAGAGACUUUGAAUCACGUCCUUAACUCAUGCAAAGUGUAUCUGGACCAGGGUAUAUUUACAUGGCGUCACACUUCGAUCAUCCACCACUUGUUGGCAUUCAUCCGUGAAUUUCGGCCGGAGGGGGAGGUCUUUGCUGAUGUCAAGGGUCUUUCUAUUGCUGGAGUAACUAUUCCUCCUGAAAUACUUUGUACUAAUCUUAAGCCAGAUAUAGUUUUGGUCAAUAGAUCUGACAAAAAUAUUGAUAUCUUUGAGUUAAGCGUCCCUUUUGAACCCAAUAUUGGUAAAGCUCACAUUUAUAAAUCCGACAAAUAUGAUCUUCAAUCAAAAGGUUACUCUAGCAAACAAUUUUGCGUCUAG